GAACAAGAAGAAAAGCAGAAAACCCUCUUAAAUACUCCAAUUCGAAGAGAAGAGGUACAUAGGAAGUGCCGGUAAUUUGCAGUUCAUCAGGCAGAGGGAUACAAUCGAACGGAGACGUAGAAGAGAAUGUUCAGGAACCAGUACGAUACCGACGUGACAACAUGGAGCCCGGCGGGCCGAUUAUUCCAAGUGGAGUACGCGAUGGAGGCGGUGAAGCAGGGGUCUGCGGCGAUUGGACUCCGAUCCAAAACCCAUGUGGUGCUGGGUUGUGUUAACAAGGCUAAUUCUGAGUUGUCUUCUCACCAGAAGAAGAUCUUCAAGGUCGACGACCACAUCGGGGUCGCCAUCGCUGGUCUCACUGCCGAUGGUCGUGUGCUCUCUCGGUACAUGCGAAAUGAAUGCAUCAAUUACAGUUUCACCUACGAGUCGCCUCUUCCUGUAGGGAGGCUCGUUGUGCAGCUUGCAGACAAGGCUCAGGUUUGCACUCAACGAUCAUGGAAACGGCCUUAUGGUGUUGGUCUAUUGGUAGCUGGUUUAGAUGAAUCUGGAGCUCACCUCUACUACAACUGCCCAAGUGGGAACUACUUUGAGUAUCAGGCCUUUGCUAUUGGGUCUCGUUCCCAAGCUGCAAAGACAUAUUUGGAACGCAGGUUUGAUAACUUUAUGGACUCUUCCAGGGAAGAUCUAAUUAAAGAUGCACUCAUGGCAAUAAGGGAGACCCUACAAGGAGAAACUCUCAAAAGUUCAAUAUGCACGGUGGCGGUGGUGGGGGUUGGAGAGUCGUUCCACAUUUUGGAUCAGGGAACUGUACAACAAAUGAUUGAUGCAUUCGAUAUUGCAGGAGAGCAAGAGGCUCCUGCUCCGGAACCAGAUGCUGAUGCGGAACAGGGGGCUGCAGCCGAGCCUGGUGCUGGUGCUGAUCAGGUUGGUGCUGUUGAUGAAGGUGUGGCUCCAAUGGAUAUUUGAGUAUGCAAGAACAGUGGGUGCCUCUCCUUUCUUGCCUUUAGACCAGAUUUUAUAACAUGUGUUGCAGAAUUGUGUUAGGCAUAACUAUGCAUUUUUCUGUUGGAACCUUUUCUUGUGCUCUUUCGUGCAAAGCCUUAUCAAUGCAAACAUUUAGUGCUAGCCUCUGUUGAAACCCGAAUCUCCAUUUGCAAUUAUACUCAUGGAGGAAUCAAUUUGUCUUUGGGUAUGUUUGACCUGAUUAUGUUUGAUACUGCUUUAAUCAAAUUUGUUGCAUGUC